UGCCGAGCCGUGUCCUGUGUACGGGCGUGUGUCCUUGUGUUUGUAAGGAUUGGCCCCAGGAGGUGCCAAAGACCGCCACAAUGGUGUCCAUUAUCAAGAACCAACUCCUCAAACAUCUGUCCCGUUACACGAAGAACUUAUCGCCCGAUAAGGUAAAUUUGAGCGCAUUCCGUGGCGAAGGUGAGCUGUCCAACCUGCAGCUGGAUGAGAACGUGCUGACGGAGCUGCUGGAGCUGCCUUCAUGGCUUCGGCUGACGUCGGCCUGGUGUAACCAUGUGUCGUUUCGGAUAUCCUGGACCAAGCUGAAAAGCACACCCAUCACGUUGACGCUGGACGAGGUUAACAUUACGAUCGAAACCUGCGAAAUAGCGCGUAGCGGAACUCCGACGGCGGGGGGACUGUCGAGUCUGGCGGUACCGCAAGGAAAGUACAGCUACAUACAGAAGGUGAUCGACGGGAUCACCAUCGUGGUGAACACGGUGAAUGUGAACCUCAAGAGUCCGGCCUUUACCGCUUCGGUGCAGAUGUCCCGCAUCCGCGUCGAGUCCCGGACGCCCAAGUGGUUGCCGGGCGAUUUGCGUGUCACAAGACUGAAAGACCCGGUCCGCGGUAUGACCCUUAUCUUCAAGGAGCUUUCGUGGCAAACGGUGCGCAUCGAGGCCAGCAGUACCCAGGACGUGAGCCUGACGCCGCUCCGGUUGAUCACGAACCAGGCCCGCUGCCGGAUAACGAUCAAGAAGCGAUUGUCCGACUGCAGUAUCGUGGCCAGCCGGCUGGUGCUCAUUCUCGACGAUCUCCUGUGGGUGCUGACGGACUCGCAGCUCAAGGCGGCACUCCACUUCGUGGACUCACUGACGGGGCUCGUGAAGGCGUCAACCAACGUGGUGCAGCGCGUGAAGGCGCAACGGAAGCUCGAAACACUGCCCGAGUACCAGGCCCAGCUGGACCAGUCGAAGAAAGCGCCCGACACUCAGCUCCUGUCGGCUGCUCAGCGCUACUUCAAUGCGUACGAUGUGCGCGAAACGUCAUACCACUUCUUCAGCGAGCGCAUCGAUCUGCAUCUCUGCGACGACGCCGGCAUUGGGCGCUCCAGUCAUCCGAAUCUGAGUGACGGUGGAGCGCUGCAGAUUUCGGUGCAAGGCUUCCAGGUCGAUUACUAUCCGUAUCACUUGGCGAAAGCGGAUCGAUCACACUGGCCCAAAUACCGUGAAGCGAACAUUCCGCCUGCGCUCUGGUUAGAACAGUCCUUAAAUGCCUUCCGGGAAGCCAUUCUAAACCUAAGUCAACCGAAUCGACCACCACAGCAUGCAUCACUAGAAAGGACCACAAACUUCGGCCAGCAGCAGCAACAACAACCACCGGGGUCGCCAUUGUUAGGACAGCAGCAACAACACCAGCAGCGAGCCUCCGUGUCGUCGAUGCCUGGCACACCGAGCGGUACUUCAUCCGGUGCUGUGUCACCGAAAAAACACGUCCUCGACAAUCUAGCGAAGCUUAUGUGUGCCUGCGUGGUGAUGAAGAUCGACGAGUUUACGCUAUACCGUGUGACAACCUCCGGCCAUAAGCAAGCGCCAAAGGAGCUGAUCGCUGCUCAAAACAAGCGGAAAAAAGCCGAUCGAGAUAGGGUGCCUCCGGAGAUGGCGUCAUUGCAUGCCGAGUUUACGUACUUUUACUACCCAGGUGAUUUCGUGUUUCCAUUGCCACCGUCGAAAGCGUUCGUUCACAUCAAUCCUAUACAAGUGCACUUUCACCUGGACAGCUUUCUGUGGCUGAGCUCGUUCGUGUUGAACCUGCACGAAAGCUUGCUUCGAACGAAAAACGUAACGAGCGGUCUGAAUUCUCCCUCCACUCCUUCCUCACCCGGCACCGAGCAGCAACCCAACAUUAUGUACAUGGACGUAAAGGUGGAGUGCAUUAUGCCACGAGUGAUCUUUGAAGCUUCGCAGAGCGCUCCGAUGCAGCGCGAUCGUCCGAAAGCGAUGCAUGUCCAGGUAUCGCGCUUUGCACUGACCAAUAUCCGCGAAACAGGGGCAUCGCGGGCCGAUCUCGCCCAAGCCAUUUCGUCCUUGCAGGAAGGAAGUCUCGUGUUUGGUUCAGGCUUUCCCUCGAAACCAGGCGAUCUGUGUAUCGUUACCGAUCGGAUACUGGCGCACAUCGCGGCAACGGAUAUGGGAGGAGGCGCUGCAGCUACUGCUGGCAGUGGGCUUCCCAAUGGUGGUGAAAUUAUGUCCGCGUUUAGCAAUCUAACGCGCUACGCAACAUGGCGUGAACCGCGCGACGUUUGGUGCCUAAAGCUGGAUCCGGUUUGGGUGGAGUUCUACGGUGCCCGAUCGAUCGGACCGAAUCGGGCGAUCCCGUUUGUCGAUGCCGUUCCGGUGACAAUCUGGCUACACGGUGGUGCGGAUGAGCUAACCGGGGAAUUUGGCUGUGAUCUUCCGACGAUGACCGGUGGUGACCGAAGUGAAGCCAGCAACCGCAUCCACAGCAAUAACAAUGUACAUUCUAACAAAUCGAGUGAUAGUAGUCUCAUUCUGUCCGUUAGCAGUUUAAAGCAAUCGCUAGACUUAGAAACGACACCGCUCAGUGGAAGAGACUCGUUCCGCUGGAGCGGCAUUGUUGAGAGCACAGAAGAGAAGGAGAAAGUGAAACGGCACUCCGUGGUGUCUGGCCCGCCACAGAGCAAUGCCAAUCGCAGCUACCAACAGCAAGCCACCGCACCCGUUCAUUCCGCCGACGUCGACGAUAGUGACGCCGAUGGCAACAAGACCGCCGAUCUACACGUCAUUGCCCACGUUUCCAAUCUAGUUAGCGUUCAAAUUGACCACUACCAGUAUCUGUUCCUGUUGCGACUAGCCGAGGAGCUGACGGAGUUGGCCACGUUUCUAUCGCUCGAUUCGCAGCGCAUUCUUCAGGCGGCUAAUAAGGAAAAAUCCAUCAUCGUCGGAUGUGUGAUACCGCAAGUGGAAGUAUCUCUCGUGAUGCCUUCGCAAACACCGGGCAAAGAAUCGAGUGGUGGCGACGGCGAAAGCGUACUACCAGACUCGGCCAGUUUAGGUUCCGGGUGGCCAAAUUCCAUGGACCAAACAAGAAAUUCUAACAUUUUUAGCAGCACCGAAUGUCCCUCCCCACUGGCAACAGAACCACCGGUGGAAGUGCAUCACCAUUCCAAUCCCAACACCCACGGCCACAAUGUCCAGAUACAGAGCGUCCCUACGACUUCUUCGACGUCGGGUGUCGCCUCGGUCGAAACACCGUCAUCCUCGUCUGCCAUCGUGUCCGUUCAGCGGCCACCACCGAUUGGCACAACAAAUGUGUCUACUUUCCCGGCACAACAUGCCCCGUUACAAGCGCAGCCAAAAACACGCCAUCCCACCACCACCACCGACACAUCUUCCUUCUCGAAGGACCUUAACUCGGGUUUGAGUUCCAUGAAGAAAGGGUUUUCGCACUUUAUGACUUCGAUCGAUUCGGCACUGAAAACCAACACGUCCGACGACGUGAGCGAUACGCUGUCGGUGCAAUCGGACCUCAGUUCCGACUCGGAGCUUCAGCGCGUCCUAGAGGACACGGAAAAGACUACCGACUGUAUGGAUGCCAUGUUCAAGCUGUACCCAUUCGGGCAGGAAAGCUCCAACAAAAUGGCGCCGAUCGAGGUGGCCAGCGAGGUAUGCGAGGAUCCAUUCCUCACGAACAUGUCGUCACCGUCGGAACCGUCCGAAAGCAGCAGCUUGAAGCGUCGCGAUCUGGUGUCGAUGGUUACGUUCAGAUUAACGACGGUGGAAGUGAUCCGUCAGAAUGUGGAAAGUUGCUCCUCGCUACGCUUACAGGUGUCCGCCAUCAGUUGCGAUGAGUGUGGCGCCAUUCCGUGGGACGAAUUUCAGGGUGGCCAUCGUAAAAGCAAGACCAAGUUCGGAACUAGAUGUAGAGCAUGGAACAUUGCACCGCAUAAUCCGGAAGCACCGCCUUGUGUUGCGAUUAGAUUAGAGGAAGAGCUCACGCUGCCGGCCGACUCCUGCAAAAUUACGGACAAGAAGACGAUUCUUAGUUGGUUCAAGCGAAAACUCAACGUGGAGGUGAAGGACAUCGACAUACAGCUUUCGAUGAGCACCGUCGUCGGUUUGGGUGAUCUGGCCGAGGAUGAAGUCAUACCAGUUCCGAUACCGAUGGAGGUAACGGUGGAGAACGUGAAGAUUAAUCUGCUCGAAGAUCGACCCCCAGUUAACAUUACUUCACCCGGCACCGUUCCGAUGAACCUUGCCAUUGGCCGAGUGCUGCUAACGCGAGACGAAGCGGGUGUAUUUUACGUGCAGCCCACCUUCGGUGGCAAGGACUGUGGCGAUGAUGGAGACGGUGUCAAACGGAAGCUAACCCGCUCGGACACCGAAGUGCGGAGGGAGCGCGAUCGUGAGGUCAAAUCCCUACACCUGGUGCUGCAGCAACUGAAGCAGGAUAUCGAUAACCUUAAGAGACAACUGACUGACAACGAGAGAACAACGGAAACCAAUAGAAUAAAGGCACGACAGGAGAACGAAGUGCUCAAGGCGUACCUGAAGGAAGCGCAGGACGACAUCAAUACGCUGCUGGACGAAAAGCAAACGCUGAUGGCAACCGUUAAAUCGCUGCAGGAUCAGUUGACCAUGCUCGGCGAUCAGCAGCUGGCGCAACAGGAUGGCAAAAGAUAGCACAAUUGCAUGGACUGUAUACAGUGCUGCGGUGAAAACCCAUUCUAGGCAGUGAACGCUGCCGUUGAACGCUGGGUGUUUUGCGCUAAGCGAGGGCGUGCCACACUCUCGUCGGUGCGGGAAGGUUGGUGAUGAUCGAGAAUCCACCGAACGGCAGCAAAUGUUCCAUGUUUCAGGCAGGAAGAGUUUGUCUAGCGUUUUGGGGGAGGACCUGUGAGCUGUGCCCACCAUACUUGACCCCACCAUUGUAGCAUGUAUGAGUAAACAGUCAUCGAAGAGGAGAAAGGGAGAAAGGGAGAAAGGGAGAAAGGGAGAAAGGGAGAAAGGGAGAAAGGGAGAAACAUUACGGAAGAAUUGUCCACAGUCACUGUGUCCACGGUCCAUAUGCAGCUCUGGUUUAUGUGUCUGCGUGUGGGGUUGUGCGCGUCUAUUUUCUGCGUUUUUGUUUCAAGCCCUGCACCGGCCCCGGCAGCAGCAGUAGGACAUCAGAAUCAAUUUCGCUUCGGAUUUGGUUGCUGCAAAAUACUGAAUUUAAUCAUAACUCGUAAAAAGGGCAGUCACUAAGGUCGGUGUAAUCCGUGUGCUCGAGCAAUAUGAAGGGUGUCUAAUACGGGAAAGAGAACUCGGAAUCGCAAUAGCCACAAUGUUUGGUUGGUCAACGGACGGGGAAACGUUUGUAAAAUGUUGUGUUAAGGCGCGCUUAAAAACCAUUCCUUCCACCAAGAAACCAAACGUUCUUUUAGCAAUAGCGUAGCGUAAUACAAGUCAUUCAAUCGAUGCGUGUGUGAUAUUAAAUCUAUCUAUUUCUGGAGCCUCUAGGCCAGGAAAGUGAACCGGCAAUGCUUAUCACUAAAGCUGAAGAAUACGACAAGGGGACUUAGAUAAAAGAUGAUAAACCAGAACUCAACCUAUCAGAACUGUUGUAGGAAAGGAAUCACGGUGAAACGAAAACAAGAACAGAAGAAAAUAAGUCCCAAAAUGGCGACCAAUUGUUGGAAUCUAUUGUUUUGUUUUUGUUUUCUAACACUUUCUUUCUCUCUCUCUUUCUUUCUCUCUCUCUAUUCUUCACGUGAUAAAAGAAAAGCCUCCUCUAGCUAGUUUGUUGUGUAGUAUGAUACAAUGCCGCGUGACGGCGCAGUCACGAUUCCAAAUCGUGGUCCGCAGAUUGCAUUAUACAAAGCAAUCUGCAAGAAGCCCUAGAAUAGGAACGAACCAAAUAUAUUAUACACCAGUGGGUGGGCAAUGUUGGGAGGUAUGUUCCUUAAUCCUUAGACUUUGGCGGGUGCAUAUUCCGCAUUGGAUGCAGUUGGUUAAUGUGUACUAAUACCUGAUACCGUGUAACCGUGUUUUCAUCGUAACCGUUUGUUUUAGAUGGGUUUUUUAAAAUCGGCCAGAAAAGCUCGUGACAGUAGGUACAUUUAACGUAAAAUAUCAUAGCAAAGAAACAGGAAAUGGAAAAAGCAAAGAUCACACGGGAUUACCGGCCUUUUGUUUGGAGACCUUCAUCGAUGCAUGGCGGAUCGUGCAUCAAGCAUGCAAUUGUUAGUAGCAAACUUAAUCACUCACCCGGUUAGAUAGAUGUAUGUAAUGAGAAAAAAUGAAACAACCAAAAGGAACACGAAAAGAAUUGCUCGCACCACUUUGUUUAACUUUGCCAUGAAUCCACAGGUAACAUUGCAACAUGUUGUCCACCCCACUACCCACAGUAAACCACGCAACCCACAGAUAGUUGAAUCGAGAACCGAGAACCGAAUUCCAUGAACGCCAUCGGGCGAAAAGGUGGAGCAGUGUAAAGCAAAUAUAUUUACCAAAUAUAUAUACGGAUUACCAGUUACCUUACUAUUCGACGAAAGAAUUAAAUAAAA